AUGAGGGACAAUUACACGGCACAGAUGGCCGCAAUAGAUGAGGCCCAGCGCAAGAUUGCAGAGCAUGAUGCCAAACAUGCGAAGAUGCGGCAGGAGAAAGCAGCAACCCUGGCGGCCUCAGGAGAACAGAAUGAUGAAUUGCAGGCCUCACUCGCAGCAGAGUGCGCGGAUAUGAGGCAGACUGCUCAAGAGAUUGCGGCGGAGACAAGGCAGAUCAAUGCGGUAGCCGAUGCGGUAGCCGCAUCAAUAGGGUCUACGCAAAAAGGCGGACUGGGACGGCCAUCUCCGCCAAAACUGCGCGAGAUGCUAGCUGCGCGGAAGGCAGAAAGGAAGGAGCACCUCGGGGCGCUUACGGCGAUAUGGGAGGCAAAGGUGGAGCUUUACAACCCAGCUCUUGAGGCAGAUAUCAAGGCGACCAUGAAGCACACGUCGGACGAGCUUAUGGCACAGAUCGCGGCAAUAGAGGAAGCGCAACGCAAAAUAGCCGAAUAUGAUGCGGUAGCGGGCAUCGCGCGGCCGGAGAAGCCGGGAAAAGAGGACUCCGAGCUGACGGCCCCCAGGACGAGUGCUCAGACAGCGGCCGAUCGGGACCACAUCAAACAGAUAGGAGAGGUCUUCAAGCGCGCACGGGAGAAGGCCGGUCACGAGGAGAAAGCCUCAAAGAAAGAGGAAUCGCUCAAAGAGGACAGCAGGGAUGAACAGGCCCGGAAGCAAGAAGCGGAUAAGUCAUGA